CCACUCCGCAUCCUGAUCUCUGAGAGGUGAGCCUCAUAUCUCUAACUUAUAUCUCCUCCCCCUCAUAGUGUCAUGACAACAAAGAGAUUAAACAUUCAAAACGAUCACAGAGAUGUGGUAGUCUUAAGGCGGAUUUGUGGGUGAUCUACAUUAGCGAUGUAAUUGCAGCUGGUUUGAGUUAAAGUGUUGUAUUUAAAAUAUGUAACGCAAUGGCCGAUGCCCACAGAGUUGUGAUGCACAUUUAAUCCCCUUAAUCUUCUGCUGUCAGAUAUCUAACACUAAAUCAACUGCUGAUGACCAGGGCACAAGAUCUCUUCUGGGUGCUAACGUUAUCGUCACAUUACUCAAGCUCUUUAAAUACUACACGUUCACCUGGCGACACCUGACUUAACCUGUUCUGAUUUGACCCCCUCUGUGUAUUUCUGGAGAUUUAGUUAAUCUUUAAUGAUAAACGAAACGAACUCUUAAAACCGCGUAUCUGCUCAUGUCUACAAUACUUAAUCUGAGGAGUGUGUGGAUUGAAAUCCUGGUAUCUCCCACGUUAUUCCGUUUUUUCUGUAAGAGGUGAUUCCUUGGGUGCAUUCUUAACGAGUUUGAUGGCUGAACACUGACCACUGUCUGAAGGGUCUGAACGAACCUCCCUGGGCGAGGUGGAUGGAUGACGUAGUGUCGUCCGUCGGACGCGGUGUUCUAUGAUGCCCCUGGAAGUGAGAUGGCCGUUCCCACAGUGCCCUCCUCUGGGCUGGAGGAUCUCUGGCUCGCUGAUUAUGGGCAUGGUGGGAUCGUACUCCUACUUCUGGACAAAGUACAUGAACUACCUGACGGUCCAUAACGGAGAGGCUCUGUUAGACCUGGUGGACCAGCGGCCCGCGGGCACACCCCUGAUCACACUGUCCAAUCACCAGUCCUGUAUGGACGACCCACACAUCUGGGGCCUGCUGCGGCCAAGGCAGCUAUGGAACUUCAGGAAGAUGCGAUGGACUCCAGCAGCAUCAGACAUCUGUUUCACUAAAGAGCUCCACUCCCGAUUUUUCAGUCGUGGCAAGUGUGUUCCUGUGUGUCGAGGAGAUGGAGUUUACCAGAAGGGCAUGGAUUUCAUCCUGGAACGCCUGAAUAAAGGGGAAUGGGUGCACAUCUUCCCAGAGGGUAAGAUCAACAUGACUGAAGAGCUGAUCCGGAUCAAAUGGGGUGUGGGUCGGCUGAUAGCAGAGUGCUCCGUUAACCCCAUCAUAUUACCUCUGUGGCACGUGGGUAUGAGUGACGUUCUGCCAAAUGUGGCACCAUACAUCCCUCAGACCGGGAAGAAGAUCACAGUGCUGGUGGGGAAGGCUUUCAGUGUGGGAGACCUGCUGGAGACGCUUAGGGCAGAAAACCAGAGCCAGUUGGUGAUGCGAAAGGUCCUGACUGAUUUCAUCCAGGGGGAGUUCCACAGUCUGAAAGCCCAGGCAGAGGCGCUCCAUGGGCAAAUACAGACCAGAUCUUAGGACCCCUCCUUGAGGAGCACGCCGCACGGCCUUGGGGAGACCAGAUGAAGACCAGUGAGCACACUGAGGCUGAUGCAGGCCUCCCUCCUCAGAUCAAACACUGGUACCUGGUGCCUCUAUGGACCAUAGGCUUGGUUCACCACCAGGAGACCAAGCCAUGCAGAGCAAUUACUACUCAGGAAGUUUGUAAGUGCUAGUACCACAUUUGAUUACGACGUUUACCGCUACCUGGGACAUGCCUACCAGGUGCAUGCCUACCAGGUACAUGCCUACCAGGUACAUGCCUACCAGGUACAUGCCUACAAGGUACAUGCCUACCAGGUACAUGCCUACCAGGUACAUGCCUACCAGGUACAUGCCUACCAGGUACAUGCCUACCAGGUAGCCACCUGGCCAUCUUCAAGGAGAUAUUUUAUAUAUAAACUGUACAUUUUUUGCAAUAUGGUUCAUUUUGAAAAUCAGUUGAUAAACAAUACUUUCUGAGUAGCAGUUCUGAUGUUUUUUAUUAUUAUUAUAUAUUAUUAUAUUUCAAAAUAAUUGAUUGGAAAAAAUGUACAUGAUUCAUUUUCUUCACACCAGUCAAUAUUGUAACAACUAAGUGAAUUUCUUCAUUAUAAUUGCUGGAAAAGAAGAUGGUUAGUUGUGUUUAAACUUGAAGCAUGUGUAGGGUUACCUCUUGCGUCACAUGACGUUUCUUACUGGGCUGCUGUUUGCCUGCACCCUUAGUGAGAUGUAUUCAAUCACACAAGGGAAUGACGGCUUUAUUUAAUGAUGAACUGAAGAGAAGUCCAUACGUUUGAGAAAGAAUGUAAGGAUUGUGUUUUGAAAGAUGUAGUGAUGAACAUACUCUGAAGGGGGUCAUUAAAUUACUCGUGGUAUUUUCUCAUGCUAUCUUCUCAUGCUAUCUCGUCUGGCAGCUGAAUCAACCACACACAAUCUUGUAUCUCAAUUAUUGCUGGACAGUAUCCAUCUGUUUGGUCAACAAAAGUUGUAGUAAACCAAACGGUAACAAUACCAUCUCCUUUUAGAUAUGUGUUGUGCACCCCUUUUGAAUAGAUUUGUUGACCCCUAUAUUGUAGUGCUUUCCCUAGUUAGAGCUAGGGUCCCACCGGGGAACUGGGGUACUUGACCAACAUAUUGCCUUAUUAUUGCCACACUAAAUACAUUUGCCAAUAAAGAAUUUGACCAGA